AUGCCGACAGCAACAUCUGCUUUUGGCAGGCAUGAGGCCAUCAUUACCCCUUCGCUCCUGCCAUAUGCUGACGUGCAACAGCCCGCGACCCUCUUUGCUAGCCCUACACCCUCCCCACGUCCCGAAGCCGCGAACAACCCGCCCAACAUAUAUCAGCCUCUCAUUCAUCAAUACUUCGCAAACCCAGGAGCGACAUCUCACCGAGGCUCCUCGUCACGCGGCCGCCCAUACAGAUACCGCCUCGACCCACGUGGACGGCGAAGGCAUCCUCCUUUCGCUCACUCACUGUACAACCCGACCCCUCAAGCACCAGAAGGUGAAGGCGAAGGCGAAGGCGGAGGCUCAAUGUCAGAAGAUCCCUACGACCACGAGCUUGCGAUUGCCUUGCACAUGGACCUGUUGGAAGACGCCGAGAGGUUUGGAGAACAGGAUUCGGGCAUAUACGAUCACAGUGAUAGUGAUUCCGGUGCCCACUCCCGGCGCGUUCACUUCACCGACGGCGACUGGGACGACGAAGCAGACCGAAUUCCAGUUGGUGCACCAGCUCCCUUUGGAGGCCCCUCGUCACCCGCGAGCAAUCUCCACCGUCCCUUCAACUACUCACAUCACCACAUCAUGCCCGGCCCUUCGAAGCGCUCGCGCGAUAGCUAUGAGGGCCCAGAAGAAAAGGCCAUCGCACACGUCCUUAACUUCAGGGGUGCCGUCAGUGCCAUGCUAUACAACAGCAUCAGCCCCAACCCUCAAGCGAACGAUAUCUGGCCCGAAUGCCGCAGUUCCACAAAACUACCCGCCAAAUACUACCUGCUCGACAAGAGCAAACUGCUCGCAUCUGAUCAGGAUCCAAAGCAUCCCCCCUCUAAGAAAAGUGGAAAGAAGGCUGUAAAGACUGCAAGGAAUGAGGCGUCGCAUGACGCUCUUCCUAGUCCUUCGGUUGGGCGCCCGAAAUGGAAGCUGCCGGUUGAGCUCGUAGAGAUGAUUGCGGAACACCUCAACCGCGACGACAUAAAAUCACUACGUCUUGUAAGCCGCGAGAUGAACAAAUCGGUCUCGCAGGUCAUCUUCCGGACAGUGGUUGUUCCCUUCAAUACCGAGAUCUACGGCAUGCUAGCACAAGAGCACAAGCCUGACUUCAAGGGCAAAAAGCGCGCACGAAUCGAGCAACCCAGCUACUUAUGGAAGAACGCAAACGGCGAUGAAGUGUACAACGGCCAUGGCCUCGACGUCUUCCGCGGCUUCGGUACACACAUUAGGAAGUUUGGCAUGAGCUUUGAAGUCAACGAAGAAUCGCUUUCCAUGCCGCCCGUCAAGUCACUGACGGAGAAAAAGACAAGCUUUUGGGGUAACUACGACUGGCCACAUGAAGAGUAUCGUCGCUUCGAUACUGUCGCUGGACUCGAAAAUGCCGCUGAUGAAACACCGCGGAUGAAAACAGCAUUUUCCGAGCUUAAAAGUGUCAGGGAACUGGCGCUUUCCAUUGAUAGCGGUUUAGGAUGGCUGAACGGACCGGACAGAUCUAUUCGAGCACGUGUCUUGCAAAAGCCAUCUCGCGUCUUUGGCACUGCCAAAGCCAUCCCAGAUCGUAGAGCCCAGGCCCAACAGGAACUUUGGAAUCACAUUGAAGCAUGCCACCAGAACGCUGGUAGCGAUGUUAGACUGGCCACACUAUACAGGAUGGAUGGUCAACUUCCUCUUGCCGAGCUGAAGGAUGCCAACAAUCUUGCAGAUGAGCAACCACAGAUGCCCUACUUGGAUCCUCAGCUUCUCCAUGCUGCUACUCCUUAUGAACCCGGCGAUCUCCCUGUUCCUAAUAGCUUCGAAGACCCGUAUGUUCUGGAGCGCUUUGUGUCAACCCCACCACCUUCAGGUACAGGUAUUCUGUUCUCAUCGAGUAAAAUGCCAUCGGAAGGAGCGCACCUUGUGAACCCUGUCAUACCCGCCAAGCUCACCAAAGCGCAGAAAGAAUGGCUAUUGGAGACUGAGUGGGCCCAACGAGCGUUCAUGUCUUCGUACAUGCUCUCUAUCAUCGACAACCCGACCACGUUCGAACACGUACAUACGCUGAACAUUUCCGGGCUCUCCGAUCGUUACCUUCCGAUGCUAAAUCGUUCGGAUUUCUGGGACGCACUACCAGAACUCCACAACGUUACUAUCAUGGUGAUCCCAUGCUGGCGAACUGUGCAAAAGGACGAGGCCGGCUUCGUUGACGCGCCAAAGAUUAGCCCCACGCAAAGCCAUGGUAUACUAUUCGACCUACUCCGCCAUCAUGUUGCUGGUCGAGCGAACAUCCGUCAUCUGAAAGUUGGUUUUGUCACUGGAGGCGAACAUGCUGAGGGACUAUACGCGAGGAACAAACUGCUAUUUCCUGCUCCCGUAAUGGAUAUACGAGGUCGUUCAGAGAAUCCUCCUUCUAUCCACCCUACGGUGCUGGUCGCGACUGAUGCAGCUCUUGUGAAGGCAGGUUUGAUUCAGUUCCCUCAUGUAGAACAACUCGUGCUUAACAACUGCUGGAUUACGCCACCAGCUUUGCGCGAAUUCGUCAAGAUGCACGAUCGGUACAAGUUGCAGACUUUGGUAUUGGAUUCGGUGUCACUUACGGGCGUGCUGCGUCCUAACGCCAACCCACACCCGCAACCAGCGGUAUUUCACAAUAUAAUGCCGCCUCAUCUUCCGGUAGGUGCACUAUUUGGCGCUGUCGGUGCCCAAGGUCCGCAAUUAGUGCCAAAUCAGCAGCAGUUCCUUCAGGCUUAUAUCCAGACGCUUCAAACGCAACUUCAACACCUACAGGCCCACGCUGGAGGUUUUCAAAACAACAAUAUAGCGGCCUUACAUAACCAACUGCAACAGCAGAUCGGACAGGUGCCCAACAACCCAGGACAACAGCCACAUAAUCAAGCUCAACAUCAACCUCAAGGUCAAGGUCAAGCACCAGCUCAAGUUCAACCCCAAGGCCAACCCCAAGCUCCGGUGCAGCCACAGGCGCAGCCAAACCAGCAGGUUCAAGCAAUCGCUCAACAGCAUAUCAAUUUCGCCACUGUGGCCCAGCUCGCUCAACAGGUCCAUCAAUUGCAAACGCAGUUAAUUCUGGGACAGCAGCCUCAACCCCUUCCUGCGUUAGCAAACAAUCCAGUUCCAGGCGACGCUCAGUCUGUACUCAAGGCACAGCCCCGUGAAGGCUCUUGGAUGGACAUCAUUGAUCGAAUCUCACCCGGCACCAAUCUCUCCGACUUUGGAUCUGAGCAUUCCAAGGCCGACGGAGAGCGCACUACCUCACUGCGAACAAUCGAGUUUGUUUCAUGCGGUUAUGCUAAGCUGUCCAGCUCAUCCUUUGAUCAAGCUGAUGUCGAUCCUCUUGGCAUGGCUGCUCACUGGCGCAACCAGAUGCUUAGCAAGCGUAUUGUCGCUCUUGCGCCUGCUAUGCUGAGCGCCAAGUGGAGCCACCUGGGUGACAUUGUGCAAGACAUCGAUCCUUCUGAGCUGGCUGCACUAGACGCUGCCUGGGACUUGCGAACCGGCUGGGAAGACGCUGAAGCAGCUCGCGCUGCUGAGUUUGAUGGCAUGCUUGCUGGUGGUACAGGGCGUUUUACAGGCACCAUACGGCAUUCGGAUAGGGUGGCUGAUGAGGCUUCUGCGAGUUAG